GACCGUCGUAGCGUCGUUCGGUGGCCUAUAACAGUGGAAAAAACUUAUACACCGAUCGUGUAACGGCGUGGGCGCCACACCAGCUCCAGUGGUCUUCAUUGUCUUCAACCCUUAUAGGAUUCAGGGCGGAUACGUCACAACCCACCUCCCCCUCGACCAGUUAGAGCAUCCGAAAACCAUGGUCAUAACUUCGGAUGUUUUGCCUGCAACGGAUCUGAAGGAACAACAACAACUGAUCUGUUCGUUGGUGUACAUAGGAUUUGGGGCGCAACAGUCUUCCGUCGAAAAGCGUGCACGCGCGUCGUGUCGUUCCUCUGUAUACGAUAUUGCUCUGCUGUGCACAUAAAUAGUGUCGAGGACUAUGUAAUAUAUGUACUAAUAUGUACAUUUAAAGCGGUGCACAUCAUAUCAAACUCGUUCAUUAUAAUACGCCUAUACGGCGCGGAAUAUUCACUCCGCUUCGCCAUCACCGUACCAGUUACUAUAUACUAAAUACAUAAUAUACGUAAAAACAAUGUCAGUCGGCGACUUGAACUUUACAACGGUCAAACCGUUAGACGUCAACAGGUAUGCAACUAAAAAGACCAUUGCUCAGGGAAUGUUGGACAUCGCCUUGUUGACAGCCAACGCAAACCAACUGAAAUACAUCCUUCAAGUGGGUGAGAAACACGAGUUUUACAAGCCUCUGUUAGUAUUGAUUGCCACGUCUAUAUUUUUACAAGUGUUCAUGGGAAUGAUAUUUCUAUCACUAAACCUGCUUCGGGACUGUCGUUUCCAUUUGAUCGAGUACAAGACGUCGUCGCUGUUCAUUAACCAAGUGCCAGUCGUAUGCACGUUUAUGGUGUUCACUAUCAACAUAAUAAUAGGAGCUUUUGAUUCCGGAUUAGCCAGCAUCGUACCGACAUCAACAUUCAACGCACCGUCCGUUCCGUCCAUCAAUUCCAAUGUGCUCGUUGGUGGGAUAUUUUUGGUUGUUGGAGGGCUGGACAUAAAGAAAGAAAAAGACCAACGAAAGUGUUUGAUUUUAAACGACGUUUCCGUCAUCAUGGUUUUCCUGAUAACUACGAUCAAUAUAACCAUAUCAGGUUUUGGAUUUGACACGCGAGAGACCAAAUUUCGCACAAUGACGGACGUGAUUACUGCGACAGACACCAAUCUGGAGAUAGACGAUGGCGGAAACGACGAAAAUCGUAAGCGUUCUGCUACUCGUCUGUUGUCCAGGUCGUUAAGCAAGAUCAGCAACGCCACGUAUGACACCAAGAAGAACAUGGCACAGGGUAUGAUGGACAUUGCAUUGCUCACAGCUAACGCUAAUCAGCUUCGUUACAUAUUGGAGUUCCGUGGGAAAAAUUCUACAAAUUUCGUUCUACUGUUGGUGCUGAUCGCGUGUAGCCUCAUAUUACAAGUGUUUGUUGGAACUAUUCUCAUAUUCAAAGGUCGCAUGGAUUGUAUCAGUAGCAGUACGAAUAACGAGGUUACUAAGAUGGAUACCAUCAAAUUAAACAAUUACGUAGUCCUUGGAGUGUUUCUUAUAACUGUCAUCAACAUAUUCAUUGCAGCGUUUACAGUAGCGCCGACCUAA